UAGCCGGUAAGUCUGCUUUCACUCCUCCAUUGUCUUCAACAGCUUGCAAGAAGAACCGCUUUGCCGGCAAGUUUUCGACGUGACACUUAUUCGAGACGUCCUCAUCCAUCAUGCUUGUCUCAUGGCUUGCCGUCGCCUUCGCAGGCCUCGCUGAUGCCCGAGCACUGUGGACGCCCACUGGCUCCAAUCCACCUCUGGCCACAUCCUUUCCCACUCCAUCUGAAGACCCGUUUUACGUCAUCCCCAACAACAUUUCCAGUUAUGCUGCAGGAGGUGUUAUCCGAGCCCGUACAGUCUUCAGCACCGAGUUUGGCGCUCUCGUCAACGCGCGAGAGAUCUUCUAUCGAACGACCAACCGGCAGGGCAACGCCACUGGCACGGUGACGACGGUCUUCAUCCCUGCGGCCCCCCUGUCCCCUCCGGCAAUCCUGUCCUACCAAGCCGCCGAGGACGCGCUUAACAUCAUGUGUGCUCCUAGCUGGGCCAAUGUCAACACAACAUCGGAGCAAGAGGCCUACCUGGGCGCCUUCCUAACGCCCAUUGCUACCUUUGCCUUGGCGCAGGGGUACUACGUCGUCAACUCGGAUGACGAAGACGCAGAUUCCGAAUGGCUGGUAGGGAUCACCGAAGGCCGAGCGACGCUCGACGGCAUCCGCGCGGCGCAGAACAGCCUGGACAUCGCCAGUGAGCGGCCCGCCGUAGCGCUUCUCGGCUACAGUGGCGGCGCCCAUGAAACCGUCUGGGCCGCUUCUCUCGCCAUGGCCUACGCGCCAGAGCUUAACAUCGUGGGCGCAGCGUACGGCGGUACACCAGUGGAUCUCGGCGCGGCAUAUACCCUACUCAACGGCGCGUCGGGAGCCGCUCUCGCCGGAGGUGCAAUCGUAGGGCUUGCCAACGGCUACCCUGCCUUGAACGCCACUCUGAACACGCUCCUCACGCCGCUCGGCAAGCAAACCUUCGCCAAGUUCCGCGGCGUCGACGCUUGCAUCGUCGAGACGGGCGCGGCGUUCGCCAACGUCAACUUCUCGUCGCCCGCGUACUUCAACGGCGGCGACCCGAUGAAGAACCCGGUCGUCGCAAAGGUCGUCGCGGACGAAUCGCUCCUCAUGAACGUGAGCUCGCUCCCGAUCCCCGUGCCCAAGUUCCCACGCUACGAGUGGCACGGGCUGAACGACAGCACCGUCCCGUAUGAACCCGAGAAGAUCUACGUGGAGCAGCAGUGUCAGCACGGCGCUAAUAUCGCUUUUGUGUCGUAUCCCGGUCUGAAUCAUGAUGAGGCGGCGAUCCUCGGCUUGCCCGGCGCAUUACGAUUUAUUGAGGAGGCGUUGAAGGGCGCGUGGCAGACUCCGCCGUGCGGACAGAAUCUUUCCACUCCGGUGCUUGGGAGCGUGCAGGCGAUUGAGCUCUUAGGUGCGGCUGUGGAUGCGCUGUUACUGGAUGAGUUAACGGCGUAGUGCAUGUGCGAUUGCGGGCAGUUUUCCGGAUUGUGUCCGUGAGGCUAAGCGCAGGCACGUGCUGGCCAUCUACGUGUAAUGCAGUGAGCGUGGGAGCUGUCAGCACUAUCUGGUAUGUAAAGUUUGCAGAGCCGAAGCCGAUCAUCUCAGCCCUGGACAUUGUAGGGCAUCAUAAGGUCCGAAAGCGACUUGACUAAUUCUGACAGUGCUUACAUUAAUGAUGUAACAGGCAUCCUGCCCAAAGAUAUCUACGUUGCAAUGUCCCUCUUU